UAGCACACACCACUUCUUUCAUGACUGGAAAACUCUAAUACAAUCACUUCCACCAUUGAGUGCAAACUACACUUGAAGGAUGAUGUCACUGUGCUCAAAUGUUGCUGUGCUCUUUGGUCUCAUGCAAGUCCUCUGCAUCGCUGCAGACAUAGACAGUGGCUCCUUCCUGAUCUUCAACGAGAACCACAACAAGUGCAUGAAGGUGGAGAGCGCCACGUCAGUGACGGUGGCCCGCUGUGACCCUCAUGCCAAAGAGCAGCAGUUCCGCUGGGCCUCCGAAUCGCGUGUCCUCAGUCUGUCCCUUAAGCUCUGUCUGGGGGCUACAGAGAUUAAGGACUGGGUCAAGGUGCUCCUCUUUGAAUGUGAUGAGAACAGUGACCUCCAGCAUUGGCAGUGCAAGAAUGAGACCCUCUUUGGCCUCAAAGACCAGGACCUGCACCUAAACUGGGGAAACCACAAUGAGAGGAGCAUAAUGAUCGAAAAAGGCUCAGGGCUCUGGAGUCGCUGGAGGAUAUUUGGCACCGAGGAUGACCUUUGUUCAAAAGGUUUUCAAGAGGUUUUCACAAUCGGGGGCAAUGCCUUUGGAGGACCAUGUCAGUUCCCAUUUAAGAUUGAGGAGAAGUGGUAUGCUGAAUGCACGGAGGAAGGUCGCUCAGAUGGACAGCUGUGGUGUGCAACAGAGAGAGAUUACGACAAAGUGAAGAAAUGGGGCUUUUGUCCGAAUGAAGUGUCCUUGGGUUGGGACGUUGACCCGAUCACAGACGUUCAGUAUCAGAGGAACUCACAGUCAGUGUUGACCUGGCAUCAGGCCAGGAAGAGCUGCCAGCAGCAGGGAGCCGACCUCCUCAGCAUUGUAGAGCUACAUGAGCAGUCAUACAUUUCAGGGUUGACAAAUACUUUGGGAACAUCUCUGUGGAUUGGACUGAACAGCUUGGAUUUUGAGACUGGAUGGCAUUGGAGCAACGGUAACCCCUUCAGAUAUUUAAACUGGGCUUCAGGUCACCCCUCGUCAGAGCCCGGUCUCACCUGUGCAACCCUCAAUGCUGCAAAAGCCUCGAAAUGGGAGAGCAGCGCCUGCGCCAAGAAACUUGGUUACAUUUGUCGCAAAGGAAACUCUACCAGUCUGCCGCCACCUCCGAACAAAGACCAGCCCAGCUUCUGCCCCAGUCACUGGGUUCCAUAUGCAGGAAGCUGUUACUACCUGCAGAGGAACAAAAAGAUGUGGAAAGAUGCUUUGGCUGCGUGUCACAAAGAGGGAGGAGAUCUGGCCAGCAUACACAAUAUAGAAGAGCAGAGCUUCGUCAUAUCCCAGUCUGGAUACUUGCCGACAGAUGUGCUCUGGAUUGGCUUGAAUGAUCUGAAGAACCAGAUGCUGUUUGAAUGGUCUGAUCACUCCCACGUCACCUUCACCCAGUGGCAGACCGAUGAGCCGUCUCAUGCCACCAACCUCCAGGAAGACUGCGUUGUCGUCAGAGGAAAGGACGGGAAGUGGGCGGACCACAUGUGUGAGAAGACGUAUGGAUACAUCUGUAAGCAGAAGGCCUCCACUAGACCAGCUGAAGGCUCCCAAGAGGAAGACAACCCGGGCUGCAAGCUUGGCUCAAUCAGAUUUGGAUCUUAUUGUUACAACAUUGGCUCUGAGACAAAAACCCAAGAUGAGGCCAAGCGGGCAUGCUCAGAGGCUGGUGCGCAUGUGGUGGAUGUGACUGAUAGAUAUGAGAAUGCCUUCUUGGUCAGUUUGGUGGGUUUGAGGCCGGAGAAGUAUUUCUGGACAGGUUUAUCCAACACAGACGACAUUAACACUUUCAAGUGGACCACCAGAAGAAAAGUCUUGUUCACUCAUUUCAAUGUGGACAUGCCAGACAGACAUCAGGGAUGCGUUGCCAUGACAACUGGGGUUUUCGCUGGAUUAUGGGAUGUUGUCAGCUGCAGCAACAAGGAAAAGUACAUCUGUAAGAAACCAGCAGAGGGUGCACAUGUGACAACAGUCCCACCCAGCACCCCCGCCAUGAGCUGUCAGUCUGGCUGGACCCCUGUUGCCAAGAGGAGUGUCUGCUUCAAACUUUUUUUAAAAACAAAGCGGGAGAAAAGGAAUUGGCAUGAAGCGCAGGAUUUCUGCAAGGUCAUCGGAGGGGACCUGAUGAGCAUACACAGUUCACAGGACCUGAACAACGCUCUGUUUCAACCCUCUGAUCGAGCCUGGAUUGGCCUCAGCCUUGGUACCAAUGCAGGUUAUGAAUGGUCCGAUGGGUCACCUUUCGGCUAUGAGAGAUGGGACUUUUACGAACCAAACAACCACAAUGACAACGAACACUGUGCAGAAGUCCAAUUUAACUUCAAUCGGUCCUGGAAUGAUGUGAUCUGCGAAGCCUACAAUCACUGGAUCUGCCAGAUAGGCAAAGGUGUGACUCCCAAACCUGAGCCUGUCACCGUUGAAACAGUGUACAACACCACUGAAGAUGGCUGGCUUAUAUACAAUGACACACAUUAUUGGGUCAACCAUGACAAUCUAGACAUGGAAUCUGCUAGAGCUGUCUGUAAAAAGAACUUUGGUGAUCUUGUUGUCAUCACAGGGGAGAGUGAGAGGAAGUUCCUUUGGAAACAGAUAGCGAAAGAGUCAGGACAUGAGUACUACAUCGGCAUGACAGCGGAUUUGGAUAAAUCCUUCAGCUGGGUGGAUGGCACACCUGUAUCGUACACUUCAUGGGCACGAAAUGAGCCCAGCUUUAAUAAUAGAAAUGAAAACUGUGUGACUAUAUACAGGGGCAUGGGGGAAUGGAAUGACAUUAAUUGUGGUACUGAGCUACCUUCCAUUUGCAAAAGAACCAAAAGUUUUAUCAACACAACAAUGGCCCCAACCACUAUUCCUACGGGAGGAUGUGCACCAGAGUGGCUCACUUUCCAAGGAAAGUGCUAUAAAAUAUUUGUGGGGGAUGACAAUAAGAACUGGCAGGACGCCAGGAAGUACUGCAUAAAGGAGGGAGGAGAUCUGGUUUCUAUCACCAAGGAGAGAGAGCAAGCAUUCCUGACAAUGCAGAUGCUGAACUACAAUGAAGACUUCUGGAUCGGCAUGAAUGACGUCAACUGGGAGAUGCAUUUUGUGUGGGCAGAUGGCAAAGCCAUUUCAUACACCAACUGGGCAAAAGGGCAUCCUGAUGGACGUUUUACAUUUAAUGAUCAGUUGUUUGACUGUGUGAUAAUGGUGGGAAGCAACUCCAACAUUUCAGGAGUAUGGAAGGAGGUAGAUUGUCAUUUAAAACAAAGCUUCAUCUGCAAAAGAAACAGUGAUUCUCAGAUUGUAGUCCCAGCCACAACGGUGUUACCUCAGGCUUUCCAUAAACUUGGCAAUGACUCCUACAAACUGGUGGCCCUGAAGAUGAAAUGGGACGAGGCGAGGAGGCAGUGCCAAGUAGACGAUGCAGAUCUGGUCAGUAUCCUGAACCCCAUCACCCAGGCAUACGUCUCCUUGGAGAUUUUCGAUCACAAUGAGCCCGUGUGGAUCGGCCUCAACAGCAAUGAGACUGGUGGGCGGUUCAAGUGGACCGAUAACUGGCUGCUGUUUUAUACCAAAUGGGGCACAAAUGAGCCUAAACACAACUAUGGUUGUGUGUAUAUGGAUGUGGACAAAACAUGGAAGACUGCACCAUGUACCAACACCUAUUAUUCCCUUUGCAAGAGGUCAUCAGUUGUAGCACCAGCUGAGCUCCCAGAACUCCCCGGCAACUGUCCAGAACCAAAGAAAAAAAAAUCAUGGAUACCUUUCAGAGGCCAUUGUUAUUCUUUCAUGAGCUCAGUGAUGGAAGACUGGGCCCAUGCCUCAGUUGAAUGUGUGAAAAUGGGUGCCACUCUGGUGAGUAUUGAGGACCCUCAGGAAAGCCUGUUCAUAGAACAUAACCUGAAUAUUCUGCAGGACAGUGCCAAGUCCUUCUGGAUCGGCCUCCACAAGACUCAUGAAGAUGAGUGGAUGUGGAUCGAUAACAGUGCUGUGGACUACGUCAACUGGAAAACAGGGAUGCCAGAGUCAGAUUCAUGUGUGGACAUCAGCUCUGACAGUGGACUGUGGAACACACACACCUGCACCAGACACAAGUCUUACAUUUGCAAAAUAGCCAAAGCCCCAGUCGUUGAAGAAGUUUCUCAUGGGUCUGCUGGCAUCACUGUUGCUGUAGUGCUAGUUGUAAUCGCCAUAAUUGGACUCAGUGCCUUCCUCCUCUUCCUUAAACGGAUACCCAUCCCUGUCCUAGGAGAAACACCAUUGAUAACAACUUAUACUUCAACAAUCCCUACCGAGUCCUUGUAGACACCAAGGGGCUGGUGGCCAACAUAGAGCAGAAUGAUCAAGCAUACAUGAGCUCAGUCCCAAUCCAAUAUGAAGAUUAAUUAUUAUGGUUUCAUAUUUAUUUUUGGUUCACUUUACUGGGAACUGGAUCUCAACUAAACCCUGUAAUAUUUUUCCAAGAUCACAAGGACAAUGAUUAUAUACUUAUUAUAUUAUAAUAUAUGGUAAUUCAUAUUCAUCAAUCAAGAUAAUCAAAAGCAUUUGAAGACAAAACGCCAGUUAAGAAUCAUAACAGCUGAAGAUGUUUCAUUAAAAAAUCAUCAGAUUUCUCUCAA